CAGCCUCCAAGCCAGCAUCCUGCCUUCGCAUGCAGGACAGCAGACUUUGAGUCGCCCUUGUCCACACCAAUCUCGUACCGUCUCAGUGCUCGCUCCCAGUCGCUUGCUGCCCGUCGGUCUCGUCAGCCACGCUGCCAGCAUUGGUUCAGGCACAACCAGCUGCGCUGUUCCGCCCGCUUCUCCGUGUGUCUCUCGCGCCCAGCCUGCCCACGCGCCCCUCUCGCCGCCCUCACGAUAACGACCGCCACACCUCCUUCGCCAACCCAGCACCGCGGCCAUGAAUCCCCCAGGGCAGAGUGGCCAGUACGGCAUCCCGCGGAGGACCAACACAUACUCGGGCCAGCACGACGAGCUGCACAUGUCGCCCGGGGCUCAGGGUGCCAGGGACUACGGCAAGCUCGACCCGGCUUCUGCCCAGGCUGGCGGCUCGCCUUACCAUCAUCAGCAAGGCGGCUCCAACGUCCCCAAUGUCUUACAACCCGCUGGAGGCCUAAGUGCCGGCGCCCGACCGUCGGCCGCAUCCGCCAACACUGCUCCCUCCCUGCCCACCAUGUCGGGCUCCAUCCAGCACCAGUCCAUGUCUCCGAACGAGUACACCUCGCCCUCCAAGCCGCCGCAACUCAACAUGUCCCAUAGCUACUCGCGCUCCAGCCCGGCCGCUGGUUACGACGGCCCUGCUUCUGGUGGCUACUCGCCCUACGCGCCCACGACCCCUGGCGGCUCCUCGAUGGCUGGACCGUCGCAGUACAUGUCGCCCCCCGAUCCCAAACACGGCACUCCAGGUUCUCAGCGGAACAUCACCAAUGCGCCCUUGGGACUCGCCGACAUUCGACCCCGCGCAGACUCGAGCUUGUCAGAUGGGCCUCAGGGCACUUCCGGAUACGAGCUUGCCAAUGUCCAACCAUCAGCGAGCAACUAUGUGGCGCCUUGGGCCCUGUACGCCUUCGACUGGUGCAAGUGGGCGCCGCAGGGCAAAGGCGCCGGGAAAGUUGCCAUCGGAAGCUACCUCGAAGAUGGACACAACUUUAUUCAAAUCCUCGAUACCCAAGUCGUCAGCACUCCACCUGAACUCUACACGCCCGGCUCGUCCAAGUACAGCCUCGAGUUCACAAAGGUUGCGGAAGCCACCCACUCCUACCCAGUGACUCGCCUGUUAUGGGAACCUCCUUCGUCAACAAAGCAGACGACAGACCUGCUAGCGACCUCUGGCGACCACCUGAGGCUGUGGUCCCUCCCUUCAGACGGCCAGGCCUCGUACUCGAACUCGAUCAACAACAAGGCUGCGACAAACGCAGCAACGACAAAGCUGACGCCUUUGGCUUUGCUGUCGAACUCGAAAACACCUGAUCACACUGCUCCCCUGACGUCUCUGGACUGGAACACCGUCUCUCCGAGCUUGAUUAUCACAUCAAGCAUUGAUACGACCUGCACCAUCUGGGACAUUCCCUCCCUCACAGCCAAGACGCAGCUGAUUGCCCACGACAAAGAAGUCUAUGAUGUUCGGUUCUGUGCGCAUAGCGUGGAUGUCUUUGUCAGCUGUGGGCAAGACGGCAGUGUACGUAUGUUCGACCUCCGCAGUUUGGAGCACAGCACCAUCAUCUACGAACCAACGGCCAAGGACGACAGAGAUGCCAAUGGUGGAAGGAUCAGUCCUACCCUGGCGCAACAGACCAUGUCCAACGCGCCGCCUCUGCUUCGUCUGGCCACCUCGCCGCACGAUACUCAUCUUCUCGCUACAUUCGCGGCCGAGACAAACAUCAUCCGGAUUCUCGACGUGCGGCAGCCCGGUCAGGCUCUGCUCGAGCUGCGUGGGCAUGGUGGUAACGUCAACUCGGUGGAAUGGUCACCAAACAGACGUGGCCUGCUUGCAUCUGGUGGCGAUGACAGCCAAGUCCUGCUAUGGGACCUCAUGAACAGCACACCUAUGACCGGUGGUGGUACGAAUGGCACCCCUGGGUCUACGGACAAGCAUCUGUCCCCAGUGGCCAGCUGGCAGUGCGACUACGAGGUGGGCAACGUUGGCUGGGCGCCUCAUCUUGCCAAUGGCGAUGCCGGGGACUGGCUUGGUGUGAGUGGCGGUCGGGGAGUGUGGGGAGUCAAGAUAUAGGAGGCCUGAGAGUAUAGUCAAGCGGCAAGACCAGCUCGUGAAGUUGCGGAUUGAUCGACGACGCGUAAGCCUGUCACUCCUGAUACAUGCAUUUUCAUAGCACGGCGUUAUGGUAUAGCACGAGAGACCGCGGUGAGUUCUGGAGAGGCAAUUUUCGAAAGGGCCACAAAAGCACGGCAUGAAAAUUAGAUUAUAGCAGGCGAAAUGAAACACGUCAAGGGAGAAGUUGGGGU